AUGACAACAAAAGGAUGCUACUCAUGCAUGUUCGUGAUCCUUCUUUUCGUCGGGAUGUAUAUACACCUUGCUAUAACUGUUAAACACUUGAUCAGAUCGCAGGAACGAGAACAGCCAGGAGAGUAUCUCACAAAAAAUAUCAGUAUUGCUUACUAUCUCGGCGGAAAGACAUGGACUCGUCUAUGGUUCCUCACACAUCUUAAGACCCUUAUUUCUUAUACAUCGGAAGCACUUGAUCUUCAUUUAAUUGUCACCAGCGAUGCGAUAAAUGACUAUGAGACACUUCUCAAAACUUGGAAUCUCACAAGAGUGACUUUCACACUUUACGACCUCGACCCAUUCCUCAAAAAAGUUAGCUGGAUUCCAACGGAGCAUUAUGCAGGAGUUUACGGCCUUGCGAAAAUAUUGCUUCCCGAUAUUAUACAUAAAUCAGUAAAAAAGGUGAUAUUAAUGGACACCGACAUUCUGCUCAAAACAGACAUUAUGGAGCUAUGGAGAAAUUUUCAUCGGUUCACAGCGAAGACAAUAUUUGCAGCUAGCGAAAAUUUGUCACUGUAUUAUCUCAAUACGCAGGCAAAACGUUUUGUUUGGCCAGCAUUCGGAAAGGGAUACAACACCGGUGUUGUUCUUAUCGAUCUCGAAAAGUUAAGAAAUUCGACUAAUUGGAAUGCAUUGUGGAGGAAGGCCACUGAAGAACAAUUGCGAAUUCAUGGUCCCGCUAUUCUUGCUGAUCAAGAUAUUUUCAAUUCGGUGUUCCUUCAAAAUCCGUCUUGGGUAUUAAAACUUGGAUGUGGUUACAAUUAUCAGAUUGGAAUAACUGCUUCUCCUCACAAGUUCUGUCUAAACGAGCCAAAACUGGUUCACUUUAAUUCAAAAACCAAAGCGGUAGUCCCAUUAUUGAGUGAGGAAUAUACAAAUUUACGAUGUCAUAUGGAGCACCUCAACGGCGAUAUGUUGAAAUUUACUAGAAAUGGAAUGAAACCUGAGCCGAAAUCGUUACUUGAAUCGUCGUUUUGUGGAACUUUCAUACCACAUAAGCAUUUUCGAGUAUUUCCCAAUGUUCUUGGUUCAUCUAAUGGUUCCAAUCGAUUAGGAUUAGUUGUACAACUUUCAGCAGAUCGUUUAAAUAACAUUAUUAGAAGUUUGAAAUAUUGGAAAUAUCCAGUGUCUGCAGCUGUUUAUGGAACAGAUGAAGAAUUAUAUAACGUCGUGAAGUCAAUUGAGCAGCUCAACCGAACAGAUAUCGCUCUUCAUUUGGUUUUCAAACCAACUAGAACAUACCCCAUAAAUUUUCUUCGAAACGUUGCAAUUCAGUACUCAAAAAGUUUGAAAAUCGUUCUAACUGAUGCUGAUUUUCUUAUAUUCGGAGAUUUGCAACAAUUAGAAGAAGCAAGUUCUCAGCUUCAGGAAAAAGAAAUAAUUGUUAUUCCUGCGUUUGAACUAACAGAAGACACAUAUGAUAUGGAUAAAGCAAUAUUCCCUAAAGACAAGAACGAUGUUAAACGUAUGUUGGAAAAUAAAAAAAUACGUAUAUUUCGCGAAAAUAUUUGGCCAGCAGCUCAUAGAGCAACAAAGGUUGAAGAAUGGUUAUAUGCAAAUGAAAGUUAUACGAUCGAAUGGAAGAAAAAUUAUGAGCCUUACAUUAUUAUUAACCGUCAAUCUGUUCCACAUUAUGAUGAGCGGUUUGGAGGCUUUGGAUGGAAUAAAGUAACACACAUAAUAAAACUACGAGCUGAAAAUUACACUUUCAAAGUGACACCAACGUCGUUUAUGCUCCAUCAAUCACAUCCGCCCUCAAAUGAUCUUCUUCAUUUUCGCACAAAUUUGAAAUAUCGUCAAUGUCUACAAGAGCUGAAAAGGCUAUUCAUCGACGAGACUACUGCAAAAUUGAAUGCAGCCUGA